AAAUUCCCCAAAAACAUUUUCCCAACCAUGGAGAGUUGGUCAUUUACUUUUUUUUCUUUUUUUUUUAAAGCCCACUGACAAGGAGCUGAGAGAGACUAUAGCAUUGCUGACAGCCCAACAGACUGCUCUGGAAAUUAUCGUCAACAUGUGCUGCAAUGAAGAUCCCUCUGAUGACGAAUGGGAAGAACUUUCUAGCAGUGAUGAAAGUGAUGAAUUUAUGGAGAAUUCCUUCAGUGAGUGCGGGGGACAGCUGUUCUCUCCCCUCUGCCUCUCCCAUGAGGUUCACACUCCUCUCACCAACUACCUCAUCCCAAAGAAGAAUGAACACUAUUCAGUGCAGAGCCCUCUUCUGUCUCCAGAGUCUUGUGUCCCUCCUGGAUGUGGAGCACCUGGGAGGAGCCACAGCCCUUCAGACGCUUGUACAGCAUCUGUCACAGCUGCUUUUUUCUCAACCAGACACAACAUUAAGUCCAAGAACUGAACUCUUAAAAGAUCAGGCAAGGUGCGGUGGCUCACGCCUCUAAUCCCAGCACUUUGGGAGGCCAAGGUGGGUGGAUCACCUGAGGUCGGGAGUUCAAGACUAGCCUGGCCAACAUGG